CAGCUGUGGAGCAGUUUGAUCCAGCAGAGAAUCCAUCAUGAGGAGUCUGGUGUUUCUACUCUUUGUGGCUGUGGCCAACGCUAGACUCUACCAGCGCUGUGAAUGGGCCCGAAUCCUGAAGAGUCAUGGGAUGGAUGGUUACCGUGGCCACAGCCUAGCCAACUGGGUCUGCCUGAGCAAGCAUGAAUCGGAGUACAACACCAGAGCCAUCAACCACAACAGAGAUGGAUCCACCGACUACGGCAUCUUCCAGAUCAACAGCCGCUGGUGGUGUAACAACGGCCAACCCACUUCAAAUGGGUGCAACAUCAGGUGUGACGAGCUUCUGACUGAUGAUGUCAGUGUGGCGAUCAAUUGUGCCAAACGUGUUGUCAGGGACCCCAACGGCAUGGGAGCCUGGGUGGCCUGGCGCGAUCACUGUCGGAACCGGGACCUGAGCUCCUACUUGGCAGGAUGUGGUCUGUAAUCAGUACAUGGAGCCAGGACACUGUCAGUGACAUCCUCAUCUUCAGCUGCAUCUUCAGUUUAAAGUGAAUUUAAACCUUUACUGUCAAUGUUUUGGUUUAUACCUUUAUACCUAAUCAGAGAACAGAACUGUGGUGAUUUCAACCUGUAUCUGUUUUUCUGCUCAUUUUAAAACCAGAUUAAACAGCUGACUUCAA